AUCCCCUGGACACGCCAGUUAUCUUGCACAUCUUUUGCAGUAGAUUGCAGUAGAUUGCAGUAGAUGCCCACUUCUUAUUUCCCCGUCCCUAGCAAAUUGUAACAACGGCUGUUCUUGAAGCUGACUUCGUUUGGUCCUUGUCGGCCCUGUCACACUUCGUCACUGUCCCAAUUCAUCCCGGUGUAAUCCUAGGAGGUCGUUCAUUAUUCUUUGUACGAAGUACCAGGGGUCAUUAGAAAAAGAGACAAUUCGAGCCUGCGCAUUGACUUUUUGGCUGCUUCAUUCGGGGCAAAUAUCCCUUUCUCGUACUCUGUCUCCGACAAACCCUUUUCUACCACCGAAGGCCCUCUUGCCUCACGUCUCGUCUCUCCUUUUUCUCUCUUCUAGAGAGCAUCGUCUUUUCAACCCUCCCUUCUGCUUUUCCCUCCCCCCCCCCACUUAAGCAGUUGCAGCAAGACUGUAUUCUGUCUCCCAUUCUGACAGCAAAGCUGCACAGCUCAUCGCCGCUGUCGUUACCGUCGCUGAGCAGCUUGGUGGCUUUGUUUCUGGUCUACCAGAUCGGAAACAAAUCUCAAGGGAGGGUCUCUGACGGGAGCAGUUUCAUGCCAUAAUCCCUUCAUGAUUGCCUAGAUUGGGUUGAGCAGUAACUCGGUCUAUCUAGUUGCUGCUAUAUUAUUCUUAAUUUGAUCUUUCCACAGGAUAGCGACAAACGAAUCAAACGAAGAAACGUACACAAUUAUCCAUCAUGGCGCCUUCACUUAAUACACACUCAUCUUUUACGCGCCCGCGUACUAGCGACCGUGACGCUCGACCGAGUACGCGCGACCAGGGCGAUACCAACUUGAUCAUUCCGAGCAGGACUUCAUCUCUUCACUCUCGUAUUACGCAGCCAAUUCCUUCUACCCUCAAUUCGAAGCCCCAACAGCGAACACCGAAGACUCUAACUCAUGCCUACAUGGUAUGUGGUGUCGGCCGAGAGCCUUCUCAAUGGGUUAAGGCUCCCGCCCCGACUCAAGGAAAGAUUGGUCAUAUGAAGGGCGCAGUCGGUCAGUUCUGGCUCCCAGAAAUUCUCGGUAGCAGUCCUCGCCUUGAACAGGACAACGAUGUUGCUCGAGCCUUACACGCUGCUAUGAGGGCUUGUUUCCCGCACGAUGUCGAAAUCUGCACCGGCCGCAGUCAACCACACUGUGUUCACCAUGCGUUUGUUCUCCAGCAGGAUUCAUCUCACACUCUCUAUGGCAUCUGUCUGCGUGUAUGGUCAAGGGCGGACGAGAAGCGAGCAGAGACUAUUAGGGAUCUGAGGAAACGAACCGAGACGGAUUAUUACGACAAUGCAGAUGAGACUUACUGGAUUCCGUACUGUUUGUCGUUUCUUUCUCGAUACCCCUUGUACAACCUUCUUGGCGACUACUUGCGAGGGAUGUGGAUUCACUGGAACAAGGCCACCAACCUCUUCCACGCUGAAGAGGUAUCGCGAAUUCUCAGUUUUCCCGCGCCGAGAUUGAAUGACCUGGUCCGCAUAGACAUGAAGGAUUACGCCCUCUGUUACCAGUUCCCUUCGUCCCCUACGGGUUUCCAAAACUUCGCUAUGUGGCCUUUGUGGACUUGUCUUUCAGUCCCAAACAUUGUUGGUGUCAUCGAAGCGGCCAUAUCUCCUACUAGACGCAUUAUAUUUGUCAGCCAUUAUCCUGCGAUGUUGACAAUGGCUGCUGAGGCUAUUCGCUUCUGCGUGCGAGUCUAUGAAUGGAGCGGCCUUUACGUACCGGUUGUUCAUGCUCGCCACGCUAAGGAGUUAGUGGAGGAGCCGGGCCCGUACAUCCUGGGUGUUACUGCAGAGUGCCGGUCUCUUUUCACUGCUCCGAAUGAUGCCCUUGUUGUCGAUUUAGAUCGCAACUUUGUACUGACAUCCAGCCCUCCGACCGCCCUGAACGCAAACCAGCGUAACAAAUUUGUGACGCGACUGACACAAGCUUUAAACGGCGAUGUCACGCCUUCCGGUGUCCCUCAGCAUUUGCGUUCCGCUUAUGGUGGUGGAAAGUUGGUGCCCGCUGGUCAAAUCAUUGUCAUGCGCGGUGAAGUCGAGUCUAUUCAAGAUCCCGAGUGGUGGAAUCAGGAUGCUGUAAUGGCCGUAAUGGACCACGUCUGUGAGAAGAUGGGCCGUAACACGGGUUUGAAGGCUGUAUUCGGUGGCGCCGUCAAGAAGCCCUUAAUGACGAAGGUUUCGAUGAGGCAUCUGAACGAGAUUGUUCGAGAACGCAACCAAUAUUCCCGUGACGCCCUAGAAGCGUGGCAAGAUUUCAUCAACCUUAAAGGUCGUAUGGACACAGAGCUUAGCAAAGUUACGAAGAGGAAUAACUACCUUGUGGAAGAGUUGGAGAGCUGGAAGCAGCAGUUCCUCAAAUUCCAAGCAUUUGCUGAGACGCUUACUAAAGAGACUCAAGACUUGAAAACCAAGAUUGAGACUCAUAAGAGGGAGAACAGGAGACUUGGUGGCCUCAUUGACCAACAGAAGGACGACAACGCCCGUCUUUCAGUUCGCCUUACUGGCACUGAGAAGCAGCGAGACGAUGCCCUCGAAGCGCUUGUUCUUCAACAGGAGAUCGCUGAAGAGCUUGAGAGGGAGCGUAAGCGGAACAAGAAGGAAUUGGCCGCCCUUCAGCACACUAACGUCACUAUUGUGCGACAACGUGACGAAGCACGUCGUGUUGUCUUACACCUGCGCAGCUUGAUUGGUGGACAAUCUCACCACAUGGAGCACUUAGUUCAGUCGCUGACUACACGCGACGACUUGGCUGGUGAGAUUGAAGAGGGCUUCGAUGAGGAUGAAGAUGAGCAGCAAGAUGGUCACAUGUUGAAGAACCCUAGCCGAGGAAGCAAACGCCUCUCUACCGCCAGCUUUACCGACGUAGCUGACCGACAUCUCAAAGACAAGACUGAUGCCAUCUCUCACAUUAUUAGGAAUAUUGCAGAGCAGUGUCAGGCCGCUGUUGAGGGUCUCCAGCUGGCCCAAGAUGCCGAAAUCGAGUCAUCCAGGUCACCCCGACGGGCAAGCAACCUAUCUUCGGUCCAUAGUGACGAUGGUCACUCGGUUGCUACUUCUGAAGUUGGCGAUGACAGCCUCCUACACCCUUCCGGGCGAGCAUCUAGUAUUCCUCCGACCCCGGACUUGAUUCCCAACCGAAGCAGCACAGCCAUGUCUAUGGCAUCGACUAUGACGACUCCCGAGCGAGGGAGCCAGCAGUACGGCAUCCACAACGACAUUCCCACUAAGAUUGUCGAAGAUGACGAAGACGACUUGGCUGAGCGAAGCGAAAGCGAGACGUUAUCACAGGAGCCCGGCCUGGUUGGUAAACACGCUUCAAGCCUCAUUCACCGCCCGUCCGGUGCUAGAAUUAGUGCUCUCGGCGGUACCCGCUAAAUUUUUGUGUGUUCCUAACUUGUUGCAUGUACGGAGUCGGUGGCGACAUGUACCAAGAUUUUUGGCCUGUUGAAGGUUUUACCAAG